UCGAGGAUCCCGUUUGCGGUGGCUCCUCCUUCUCUUCCUCAACGAUCGAACUGUGUUGCUCGUCCGGAUUCAACACCAGAGCGCAUUGGAAUAACGCGUGCUUCGUGGCCCCUGGUUGUGGCAGAGUCAACCUACGCACUCUGUACCUCCUAUCGCUGGCGACCGAUCUUGGCAUUAUUGAGCUCGAUCGCAAAACAUCCUACGUCCAUCGCCACGCUUCGAUCCCCGCUAACUCGUCCAACAUUGCUGGGGAGUCAUUGAGCAACUGAUAUCAUAGACCAUAUCAGCCGCAUCGCCUGCUUCUUUCCGGCUCACGUUUUGACCUUUGCUGAGUAGUACUCCUACAUCGCCUCUCACCCCGCGCUGAACCCCCAGCUGCCCGCCAAUACACACACACUACGUACAUUUCGAUUUCUCGCGCGGUCCAACUGUACAAGCGCUCGAGUGAACUGAUAAACCACGAGACGUUGAAGAAUAGCCGCUUCUAGAACACGGACUUGGUUAUUUUGACAGGCGGGCGUGACCGGGUAACUGUUGCGCCUACUCGUCGAGCCUCGUGCAACUGCCCCUGGAACUGCAUCAAGUCAGCAGUGGUUGCAUAAAUCACCGACACUCCGCACGGCUUAGUGACUGGUUGGACGCCAUCUGUGUCGUCGGUUAUUCCUAAAUCUUCUCGUCUCUUGUGCUGCCGUUCUAAAAUCUAUCUUGAUCCCGGCAUUGUUAGCGUCAAAAUGAGCCCAACUCCACCGUCUACAACCUCUUCUAGCAAUGGCCCUUCCCCGGAAGGCCAGUACAGAAUCGUUCGAAAGCGAAACCGAGUACCUCUCUCAUGCGGCCCUUGUCGGCAUCGAAAGCUGAAGUGCAACCGUGCGCACCCCUGUGAGAAUUGUGUCAAACGCGGCGACGCUCAUUCCUGCACAUACGCUCAAACAAAUUCUCGAAAGAAGAACUCGGCGAACCAGGCUGCUUCAACCUCUCCAGAUGACAUGCAGAACAGAAUCGACCGCCUGGAGGGCUUGGUACUAUCAUUGAUGACCAACGGGUCGCAAUCAGAGGGUCCCGCAGCCGCCAUGGCUGCUAUAUCGGGAACAAGUAGUAGCACAGGGUCCGCUCAGCAUGUCCAUGACUUGGAAAUUGAAGACGAGGGGCCUAACCAAGAGGAAAGUGAGACUGAACAAGUGACCAAGUCAUUCGGCAUCAUGAAAAUGGAUAACAACAAGUCAUACUAUAUCAGUGAUGCACAUUGGGCGUCAGUCCUCAGUGAGAUAUCGGAGGUCAAGAAUUAUUUCAACACGCAUAAGAAACAAUAUGAAGAGCAAGCGGAGAAGCUGAAGGCAACCAAACUUCCCACCGACGUUCCUGGCUCUACACUGCUCUUUGGGGCCAUGAAAGCGACUAGCAGAGCCGAAAUCAUGUCUUCAUUUCCUUCGAAAUACACAACGGAUAUGCUCAUAGCGCGGUAUUUCAACUGUUAUGACCCUGCGACUCACUUUCUUCAUGGCCCUACCUUUCAGGCUCAGUAUAAUAAACACUGGGAGGACCCCUCCCAGACCUGCAUUGUCUGGAUCGGAAUGCUCUUCGCCAUGAUGCGGCUCGCCAUGCUGUCGUAUUAUCGUGAAGGCGAUGAACCUCCUGAAUUUAGGGGCAAAUCAUUGGAUAUGGCUGGCACAUUUCGAAACCUUGUAGCAAUGUGUCUUACACUUGCCGAUUACACAAAACCCUACCCAUACCUCAUUGAGUGCUUAGCUUUCCACCUCCAUGGUGACUUUUGUCAGACAAAGGAAGCAGACGUCUCGGUUUGGGUCCUUAACGGUGUCAUUGUUCGACUGGCUAUGAGAAUGGGAUACCACAGAGACUCAAAGGCAUUCCCGAACAUCACACCUUUCCAGGGCGAAAUGCGCCGUAGGGUAUGGUCAUUUGUCAGGCAAGCGGAUCUGCUUUUUUCCUGCCAAGUUGGGCUACCUAGUAUGAUUCGUAUGGCCGAUAGUGAUACCGAACUUCCGCGCAACCUCUAUGAUGAUGAUUUCGAUGAAAACUGCAAGGAAUUACCCCCAUCACGACCUCCCAACGAACCCACACCACUCUCCUACCUUAUCACGAAGUCGCGAUUAGCGAACGUUCUGGGCCAGGCCAUUGAGCAGACCUCCUCCUUACAGAACACGCCAUAUGACAAGGUCAUAGAGAUGGAUUCAGAACUACGCCGAGCACGGGAUAUGAUACCGGAUCAUCUGCUUGUGCGCCCCUUCGAGGAGUCUUCGUUAGAUCCCCUGGGCCUUAUUAUGUCUCGAUUUUCUGUGAUGAGUGUUUACCACCGAGCGCAAUGCUUGCUUCAUCGUAAAUACAUUCUUCGGGCUCGCGAAAAUCCUCGGUUCAUACAUUCGCGUAGAACUUGUAUUGAUUCAGCCUUGGAAUUAUUACGUUAUCAGUCGAUGCUCCAUGUGGAAACACGACCGACAGGUCGAUUACGCAGCCGGCAGAACCGAGUAACUACGCUCAGCUCUAGCGAUUUCUUGCAAGCUGCAACGAUUAUCUGUCUUGAUCUUUACCAUGGUUACAAUCUACCCAGUGCUUCCAGGGCAUCUUCCGAUACCUAUGCCUGGGGAAGAGAUAGGCGGGAAGAGAUGAUGGCGGCUGUGCAGCGAAGCAAAGAAAUCUGGGAUGAACUCCGAGACGAGACCAUGGAUGCUUGGAAAGCCAGCGGUGUCCUCGGUGUGAUGCUUAAUGGCCUUCAGCAGCGGCAGAAUCUUGAAGGGACGCCCGUCACGCCCGCGUUUGAGCCUCAAGACGAGAAGCAAAGUGCCGCGAUGACUUUGGGAUUGCUCAGUAGCGGAAUGACGCCUAUUGGCCAAAGCGCAACGUUUAAUGAUGUGUCAUUGAAGCCUUCAGAACCCCCAUUGCCAACCCUAGGGGGAUUUGGAGGGCCAGAGACGAAUCCGGGUGCUUCCUCUAUUUUCAAUAACAUGUUCGGACAGAUGCCUGAUAUGCAGGUGAAUCUCGACUGGGAUGCUUGGGACAAUUAUAUCCAAGGUGGGACGCUUGACACGUCAGCCACAUGGUGGACCCCUAUGGAUAUUCAACAAAACUCCGGUCCAUUAUCCCCCUCACAACUGCCGGCGACACAGAGUAACCCUACGGAGAGAAUCCGGACUGUACCUCGGACAACAAAUUUGUUUCCUAACAACGGGUACGAGAACGAUGGCCUAACAUGAACACCGGGCCACUCUAUGGUCAAUGACCUCACCUGUUUCGUUGCUGUUGACGAUUAUAUCGAGUUGCGUAUUACGAAGACAUGAAAAGUCAGCUUUAUCUGCAUAUAAAAUAUGCGGCUCAAGACGGUACCAUUUCUUUUAGUAUAUCUAUGCUGUUGGUGAAAUUUUCUCAUCCUUGUCUACCCUAGGUUCCUGGGAACCUUUGGGUUUUGUAUGAAUAUGCUCUGCAUCUCCGCUCCUGAAGCGUAUCUAAUGGUUAUGACGGGAUACAAGAUUGAUGUGCCGGGUGGUGGCGGGUGGCUUGAAAAGCUAUAGCACCGACUGACAUGUGAUAAGCCUUGCGUGUACAUUAAAGAAUCAGUAUAUCUUCAAAU